GGAAGCCACGCGUCGUUGCCUGCGCCGCAAUUCGGGCAGAAUUAGUGAAAGGGGCGCGCAAGCGGACUGUAACUAGAAGAGGGCAGCGCGCUGAUCGCAUUACCGAAAGUGACACGUUGCUCGAACGUAGUGAUAUCCAUUUCAAGUUACCCAAAAUCGUGUGACGCGUUGCCGAUAUCGACUGGAGAAAAUCUCGUGCCGAAACACGAAAGGUGAACACAGGCGCGCCCGAGAUCCUGGUUCCUGUUCUUCAAGGUUGCCGGCGAGGGAGCUUGAAGCGAUCUUCCAGAACCCCUGAUCGAUACGAUGGAAGGGAUCGCGAAGGCUGCACUACUGAUCGCCGGCAUCGUGCUCCUCGCCAGGGGGCCGAUCAAUGCCAAAGUGUACAGCAAGUGUGAGCUGGCCAAACAGUUGACACUGAACGGUGUGAGCCGUACGUACCAGGGACACUGGAUCUGCCUGGCGAUCGCCGAGAGUGGACUGAACUCAACCAAAGUGACCCAGCUACCGAACCUGACCGCCAACUAUGGGAUCUUCCAGAUCAACAGCAAGGAGUGGUGCCGCGAUGGCCGUAAAGGUGGCAAAUGUAACGUCAAGUGUGAGGAUCUGGCCACCGAUAGUGUGACGGGGGCGAUCCAGUGCUCGAAAACGAUCCAGCAGCAGAAGGGCUUCAACGAGUGGCAGCUGUGGCAGAAGAAGUGCAAAGGCAAGGAGCUGCCCGACAUCUCCAACUGCGGCGCCAGCGGGUGAAACGGUGCUACGGGGUGCUUUAAGCGGGACUUAAAACACGAUUAAAAUAAAGUUUUAUGCACGGAACGUGAGACGUUUGCCGGCUAGGCUUUGCGGAAGUUGUAAAGAAGUCGGCCCCCUAGUAGCGUAGAGCGUAGUUCAUGAGGCGGUCAUAAGGUACAAAUUGGGCAAGCUCUGGCGGCUCUCGUUUGAACUCUCUCUCCCUCACAGAUCGGUCUGUCCGCUAUGAUUUGUGUGGUACACGCGAUCGCCCUUCGGUGGUGGACUUCAACGUCUAUCUUCCGGUGGCGGUUCGUGGCGAUCCCAAAGGAAGUCUCCAACAAAACUCGACCGGUGGUCCCCAAACCGUGUCUUCCCCCCGCUGUUGGCUCUCUCUGUCGCGCUGGUCGCCCAUUUUGCUAAUGAAACA